UCCUCUCCUAUUUUCUUAUUUUCUUUCUUUCUUUCUUUCUUUCUUUUUUUCUUUCCCUUGAGCACAUAUUAAAAAGGGGGUCAUGGUUACUAUUCAAAAGAUUCGAGAUCGAAUCAACCAAUCAAAGUGGACACAAAUGUAUGUCAGGUUCGCUUGUUUACAAGGAAUCGUCAUCAUCGUCCUUCAAGCAGUGAUAGCUUAUUAUAACACAAAGCAACUCAAUAAAGGAUUAGAACCUAAUGCGAUAGAAAUAUACAAUUUGGAUAGUGAUGAAACAAUAGAUAUCAAUCGAGCCAUUGAUCGGCUUAAGCGUAUAAAAUGGGAAAAUAUUGCCUUUAUUGGCUUUCAAUGCUGGUUUGUAGCAAUGUCAUUUGAUGCAACAGUAUAUCAAAAUGCAGCAGAGGUGUUGGCCUUGGCCGUCAUGAAUUUUGCAUGUGCCAUAUUUGCUGCAUUGGAGGUGGUUGAUGGAAAGAGAUGGUUGACUAUUUUGACAAACGUCAAAGUGAAGCAUAAUGUGCUCCUCGACAUCACAGCAAUUCAAACAGCUUAUAAAGUCGAGAUUGGAUUAUCUGCCUGUGUCGCACUCUUUGCUAUUGUAUUUGCAUACAUGUCAUAUGCAGUGACUAAAGAAUUUGGAUGGAAGAUAUAUAAGAAGAUUGGUGCUGAUAUAUCAAUACAACGCAUGUAUCGAACAGUUCAAUUUUUUGUAUUGGCACUAAAGAUUGAUAUAUUUAUCGAGUUCUUGGUUUCUGUCUUUUAUCUCAUUCAAUUUGCUCUCAAGCAAGGAUUUCAUACAUGGCAUCUAUUUUUGUUUAUUGUCAUCACUGCACUGAUGUUACCUAUGCUGUAUUUUGGAAGAUAUGCUGUUGCUAGUGAGAACCCAUAUCAGAUGAUAAUCUUUGUGUUUUUUCAGGUCUGUAUCGUUAUACAGUUAGUACUGAUCGGUAUAGAAGCAAUGCAACCAGGAGAUUAUUGGUAUAUCUGGAUAUGCUUUGGUAAGCUAUAAUCUGUCUAUCGUCCAGUCAUUUCUAAUAUCUUUAUAGUUAUUCUCGGUGGAAUAUUAGCCAUUGUAAGUUUAUCAUGUAUUGUAUAACCAACGCAUACACACACACUCUCUUUCUCUUUCUAGGUCUCUGCUGUACUUGGGCUU